GUGUCAUAUCCCUACGACGAGCAGCUCACGCUCAAGCCUUUACCUGCCAACAACCUUCUUGCAACGUUUGAGUUCAACCUUGAGUCGAAGCCACUAACCUCAAGCGACGAGAUUACCACAUAUGAGGUGUUUCCGCGUGCUCUUGGGCCGAUCAUCCAGUCCACAAACACGAAAGAGCUCCAUCUCCGUUUUGCGCAGGGCUGGUGGGACGCCGAGUGCUGGGGCAAGUUGCCGCUUGACGGGAAGCACAGCGGAGGUACCGGAGUCGAAAUCUGGCUGGUUAUUGAGGCUGAGUCGCAGGAUGUGGCGUUUUCCCGCUGGAUUGAGCUUGUGAAUGGCCUCAGCGGUUUGUUUUGCGCUUCGUUAAACUACAUCAACGCUGCUUCCACGGCGUAUCCUCUCACAUCUUUCCAGCCCGUAAACCAGACAUAUGUGGAGGUGGGUAAGAAGUACUACUUCCUCAGAGCGGCAUUACCGAGCGAGCCAGUGUGCACGGAGAAUUUGACGCCGUUUGUGAAGUUGUUGCCUACGCGCGGAAAGCAAGGCGUUGCGUCAUUACUCGACGGCCACAGGCUCUUUGACUCUCAGUGGCACAGCAUGGCGAUUGAUAUUGAGACCAAAUGUGAUGGUGAGUGCGUCUUAGCGAUGGCUGAAACCAUCAGUAGUGUGAUUGACGUGCCCCGCAGCUUGCGCACCAACAAGAGCCGCAUUCCGCACCCGGAAAAGGGUGACGCCUUGAGAUGCGACAUGAGCAAAACCCAUAAUGACUGGCAGUGCUUCCCGUUGGGUGAAGCUACACAGGUGAAGUGGGACCUUCGCGAGAUCUUUGGCAAGCAGAUUAUAGGCACCUCGGCCCUCAACGCCGCGUCACGUGUCUGUGUGGACGUGGAUCCAAGCUGGAAGGUCAGAGCGUGGAGCGAACAAACGGUUACUGACUUUUCCGGGUGCAUUGAUGUUCCUCAGACCGAAUUCAAUGUUGAAUUCGAGUCUGCUGACUCCGCUGUUGUCUCCAACUUUGAACUUCCACCAGUCAUGGUCUCGCGAUCGCUCACCGGUUCGGGUCAGGACAAUGGUGGGUUUAGAAUCGUUCUCACCAACCCAUCAACCCACGAGGUCUCCUUCAAUUACUUUGAAACGUUGCCGUGGUUCGUCAGAGUGUACCUCCAUAGUCUCAAGGCCGAGGUGGCUGGUAAGAAGGGUAACUUUGUCAGAGACAUCUACUACAAGCCGGCAAUCGAUAGAGAAAGACCGACGCAGCUUGAGCUUGCGGUUGUAGUACCGGGUGAGUCCACACUCACUAUUACAUAUGGCUUCGACAAGUCUUUGCUCUUGUACGCGGAGUAUCCACCCGACCCGAACCACGGCUUCGAGAUCGAGCCAGCUGUGAUCUCCACCCGCGAAGGCUACCAGCUCCGAACUACUUCCUUGUUGUUAACCUUGCCGCUUCCGGACUUUUCCAUGCCCUACAACGUUAUCAUCAUGACCAGCACCGUUUUGGCAUUGACCUACGGAACCGUAUUCAACUUGAUAGUGAAGCGUACUGUACUCGAGGCCGAGGCUGAGGCAAUGGCCAAGAAGCGCGGUUUGGCG